CCGAGGGAGGGCAGCGCGGGCCUGUCAUGGCGCACAAACAGAUCUACUACUCCGACAAGUACGAUGAUGAGGAGUUUGAGUACCGGCACGUGAUGCUGCCCAAGGACAUCGCCAAGCUGGUGCCCAAGACCCACCUGCUGUCGGAGUCGGAGUGGCGGAACCUGGGGGUGCAGCAGAGCCAGGGCUGGGUCCACUACAUGAUCCACGAGCCAGAGCCCCACAUCCUACUCUUCCGACGGCCAUUGCCCAAGAAGCCAGAAAAGUGAGCGGCCCCUGGUAUGCCGAAGCUCCCAGUCCUUCCACACUGAGCAAGCACCUUCCUCCUCCUCCGCGUUUCUCGGGGGCUUCACCCCCUGACCCCCGAUUUGCCUGGGCGCCGUUUUGGCGCCUCGGCCUUGGUUCCGGAGGCCCUUCCGUUGCGUUGCCUCCAAAGCUUCAAUAAAGUUGUGUUUGGGAA